GCCGCCGCCUCAGAGCCUCAUUAUUCGACACGAAUAGAGAAACGUCGAAAAUAUCUCAGGGAGAUCUGAAUGCUGAAAUCCAGGACUCGUCUCUGCUCUUUAGGAGGUCACGCUCAACAAUAGAAGACUGUAGGUCAACCACUUUCCUCCCCAGACCAGGGAGCCACACAGGUCAAAUUUGCUUGUAGUAAAGACUUUCAGAAUCAGCCAUGGGAAAGAAGAGCCAGAACCGUGAAGAUGAUGAAGCUGCUUCCUCAGAUGAAGAAGAGUACGUCGUGGAGAAGGUCUUGGACAGGAGAGUUGUGAAGGGGCGUGUGGAGUAUUUCCUCAAAUGGAAAGGCUUUACAGAGAAACACAACACAUGGGAACCAGAGAAGAACCUGGACUGUCCAGAGCUUAUCUCUGAGUUCAUGAAGACCUACAAAAAAGGAAGCAGUGCAAGCCCACCAAGCAGCAAGUCCUCCAGUACAGGCCCCUCUUCAGCCCGUCCCAAAGACAACAGCGGCAGCAGCAGCACCAGCAAGAGGAAAAACUCUGAAGAGGAGAACGGGAGCAGCAGCAAACCCAAGAAGAAAAAGGAGGAUGAGAUCCUUGUAGCGAGAGGGUUUGAGCGAGGCCUGGAGCCUGAGAAGAUUAUUGGAGCAACAGACUCCUGUGGAGACCUUAUGUUCCUUAUGAAGUGGUGA